UUGUCGUGUGGUGUGGUGUGUGAUUUUAAUAUGUAAGAGAGCACGCAGCCCAAAAAUGUCGGUUAGUUUUAAGCGGGAACUAUAUAACCCCAGCGAAACUGCACGGAAAGGAGAAAGAGCAGAAAAUAGUUCAAUGCUUCGCAACAGACUUUCAUCCCCAAGCUUUCUUCUCCACUUUUCUCAUUCUCGAGAAACUGCCGGUAUCUUGCUUUAGAUAUCUGUGAGGUUGAUAAAAGGAUUUUCUUUUUUAAUCAUGGAUUUGGGGAAAGGAAAGGAGGUACCCUUUUUUGAUCUCAAUUUACCCGUCCAGGAGUCUUUAACUGGAUUAGGGUUUCAGGAUUCCAUUUCUUUUGGUUUCCCUCAGAAAGUAACGGAAUUCAACCGAUUAUUUGGUGAUAAUGGUAGUGGUAGCAGUUUUGGGGGUGAUUUGAGUAGAGUGGAGACAGACCCAGAUGUUCAAAUGACUAGUUAUCCGAGUGUGAGGAGGAGAUACUCUAUUGAAGAAAAGGCAAAGGCUAAAAUGGAUGAUGGUAAAGGGAAUUUUGAUUUUGAUUUUGAUAUUGAUAUUGAUCUUGAUCUUAAUCUGUCUUUUGGGGCUUUUGGGACAUGCCCAAUUGAAACACAAAUUGAAAAUAUAGAUGUAAUCGACGUAUCGUCAUGCAGUAGUGAUGAGCCUGUAAUGUUAAAUACCGAACCUGUAGAACAAAACCCUCUGAUGGAGGAGCGUUUAUUGCCUGCAGAAGCAAUGGAGUUAGAACAGGAAUCACGUCAUGCCUUUGUAAGUGUCAUCGAAGAAGAAACAAGAAUAAAUGAAGAGGCAGAAAGACAGCGUUCUAUUGCCAGAAUUGUUGCUAAAAGAUUUGCACAUCCUAAACAGCAGCAGCAGCAGCAGCAAGGAACGAGUGACCCAGAAAUGACUAGUCAAUUGAGUGAAGUUGAUUCUCAAAGUCCAUUUUCACUGGCAAUGGAAGCAAUCAAGAAGAGAAAUUCAAGACAUAAUGUCCAUAAGAAGUCUUUAUACGGUAUAUUUGAGCCUCCGUUCAAAUGGGUUCCGGCAAAUAACAGAGAUCAUAAUGUUUUUAAACGCUAUGUUCCUAAACUGCUUGAUAUUUGUCUCGAUUUUAUUGCCAAGAAUGCUGAUAAAAUUGUGUCACUUGAAAAUAUUCCGGAUAACUUGAAGCAUAAACUUAGUCAGAUGGUUAGCUGUUCUAGAAAAGUGGAUGCACGCUUUGUCGAACUUCUUGCAGAGAAUUCACCAACUGAGAUUCGGGUGUGGGAUACCUCACGGUUGACGGAAGAGGAGUUUAGCAAAAUUUUUAGUGCUUGUGAUACCAAGAACUUGACUGUGUUACAACUUGAUCUUUGUGGACUCUGCAUGCCUGAUUAUGUAUUGUACACCACUCUAGCCAGGCAAUCAUACACUCUUUCUAAAUUAGCCACCUUAUCUCUGAGAGGUGCACAUCGUUUAUCGGAUAGCGGGCUAAGUGCACUGGCUGCAUCUGCACCUGUACUGCAGUCUAUAAAUCUGAGCCAGUGCUCUCUUCUCACAUCUAGUAGCAUCAAUGACCUAGCUAGUCAUUUUGAAUCUACUUUAAGGGAGCUAUAUUUAGAUGAUUGUCAGAACAUAGAUGCCAUGCUUAUUCUUCCAGCACUGAAGAAAUUCAAGCAUUUAGAAGUGUUGUCAGUGGCAGGCAUUCGGACUGUUAGGGAUGGUUUUGUCAUUGCAAUGGCUGAAACAUGUGGAAUGAAUAUGAAGGAGCUUGUAUUUGCUAAUUGUGUGGAACUGAGUGACAUAUCUCUUAAAUCUGUGGGCAAACGCUGCCCCAAUUUAUGUGCCCUUGACCUUUCACAUUUGCAUAACUUGACAGAUAAAGCAUUACAAUGUCUAGCCAAUGGUUGCCAAUCAAUUCGUAAAUUGAAACUUUGCCGCAAUGAUUUCAGUGAUGAAGCUAUUGCUGCGUUCUUGGAAGCCUGUGGGGAGUCUAUUAAUGUGCUUUCACUGAAUAACAUCAGUAGGGUUGAAAACCAAACAGCCUUAUCAAUCGCAAAAUGUUCAAGAAACUUGUUGAGUUUAGACUUAUCAUGGUGUCGAAAAUUAACAAAUGAGGCAUUGGGAUUGAUCGUUGACAGCUGCUCUUCACUGAAGGUGCUCAAACUCUUUGGUUGCUCCCAGGUUACGGACGUCUUUUUGAAUGGCCACUCAAACUCUCUGGUGCAUAUCAUUGGAUGCAAGAUGACACCUGUUCUGGAACAUCUCGAUUCGUUUGGUCCUCAAGAAACUCCAUUAAGGUACUCUCCAUUGAUGGGUGUUGCCGAUCAGCAGAGUGUUUGAUUCCCAAAUAUUUGAUUUUGCUAAUGUACCGGAAAUGCCCCUGUAGCCCUUUUCCUCCUUUUAGGUCAAUGCGACACAGAAGCCAAAUCACUCAUUAACCUCGACUUUUACUAGAAAAAUCCCCAAGUCCAUUGAUAACAAACCAAGCCUGAGUUUCCCUUUUCAUAUCUUCAUCUUUUGCUAAUGUAAGAUGCAUGAUGCAUCUGCAUUUGUAUAGGCAGGAGGAAUUUUUGAAUGCUAAAUGAUCAAAUCAAAGAGAAUAGCAAACAGUGUUACAUGGUUCAAAUA